CACAUGAUCAUUUAAUAAUCUCUCGGUUGUGGUGCAGCAGUGUGUUUCACCAAAGUUACCAUGUGAGGUGUGAGUGUACAUCCCAGCCAGUGGGGCAGCCGUCCUCCUCCUCAAUCAAUAAUUCACCUGGCCCGGGUCAUAUCGAUGGCACCCGCUCGCUCUCCUCUUCCCCUUCCUCACCCGUUCACUCUUUCCAUGAGAGCUGCUGCUGACAGGGGGCUCGAGGGGAACAUCCACAAAUGAAAACUGGGAGCGAGAGAGAGGGAGGACGGCACCGCUGUUCGAUUUCCUGCCCGAAGACGCUGAUGCACCCAGGACCAGAAACCACACCUGAGGAGGCUUGAAUGGGAUUCAGACUCUUCACAGAAGAUUCCUUCUGUCUCUGACGUUCGGGUUUCAAGACUUUUAUCUUUGAGAGAAGUUUAUAUUAUAUCUGCAGGAUGUCAGGAGCCGGUAGUGACCAGCUGCACAGAUCCACUCUAACUGUCUAUUCGAACCUGAUGGAGCACUUCAAUCCGGGACUCCAGAAGCUCGUUGCUCUAGGAAACAGCUACGUCAAAGCUUUUCAAGCCUUAGCUGUCUGCAGCGAGGCCUACUUCAGCGCUGUGGCUAAGAUGGGUGACCAGGCUCUGCACACGCUCUCAUCUCGCUCUCUUGGGGACGUCCUGAUCCAGAUUUCAGACACACAAAGGAGACUCACUGCAGAGAUGGAGGGUGUGUUCCGAUGGUUCCAGGUUGAGGUGCUUCAAGCCAUGGAGAAGAACGUGAAGCUGGACGAGGAGUACAUCGACGGGAGUCGCAGAGUUUACGAGCUGGAGGUGAGGAAUCAGGCCGAGGCGCUGGAGAAACAGCUCAGACGAGGAGCUUUCAGGGACUCUCUGGAGAACAGCGAGUACAUGCUGUACCUGAGGCAGAGCCAGCAGGAGAUCCUCAAGGAGGAGGAGAGGAGGUAUCGCUUCCUGGCAGAGAAGCACUGUGGCCUCACUCAGUCACUUCUCUUCCUCAUAAACAAGACCGGUGGAUCUCUUCAGCAAAAGGCCGACGGCUGGAAGGAGAAAGUGAACGAGACCAGAGGGUCCAGACCUCGCACGCCCACACACUUAGAACAAGAGGCACAGCUCCGAGGUUCAGUGAGCUCCCUGCUGCAGACUGUGGCCAGAGAUGAGGACAUGUCGUGGGCCAGGAGGGAGCAACAGGCGCUGGGCAGAGUGCCCUCUAGAGCACCGUCACCUCUGCCCAGCCGCUCCCGCUCCAGCUCGGUGGGUGAGUCCCUGGGUCUCGGGGGAGGCAGAUCCAUGAGAGCCCUGGUGUCUCACCCGUCCUCGUCCAACCCGAAGCUCCUGCCCUUCAACAGAGGGGAGACCGUCACCGUCCUGGUGCAGGAGCCGCGCAACGGCUGGUUGUACGGACGCACCGACAGCAGCCUGCGUCAGGGCUGGUUUCCUGCUGCCUAUGUGGCGCCCAUCGAAGAUUUCUCCAACACUUUAGAAACAAGUGGCGGUUCCCUGAGAAGCCACAGUAUGAACAAUCUGCUGGAUCCCACCGACACCUACCCGGAGCAUUCGGAGAGCCAGAGCUACGGCGAUGUCCCGCCCCCGGCCACGCCCAACCGCCGGGCUUCCGUGGACUUCCGGCCGAUCUCUCCCCUCCCCGAGAAGAGGGCGGAGCCAGCGACGGAGAAGAGGCUGGGUCAGACGAAGAGCUACAACGAACAGCCGCCUCCUCAGCCGAGUCAGAACCUGAGGAGGAGCUCUGUGGAUUUUCAGCCGAUCUCCCCGCUCCCCGAGAGGAGGAGUGAAUCUGAUGUCCAGGCCUUAUCACCCCAGGGACCUGACAACCCUCUGUUUCCCAGAGGCACAAACCCGUUCGCCACAGUGAAGCUUCGCCCCACGACGACCAAUGACAGAUCUUCUCCUCGGAUCACCUGACCCGGUGGGGUGUGUUACUGACGCUGCCGGAUCGGGUUGUGGAGGCAGGACGUGCAUUUUGUGUUGUUUCUUUGUAAAGUCGUCUCAUCUGAGACGUGAAGCGGGCGGAGUCAGAAGAGCUGAGGUUCUGGUCCGGUAUUAGACAAGAUGAGGUUUUGUGACUGUAGUAAAUCUUAAUGGUGAAAUAUCAAAAUCAUAAAGUUUUAUGUUGAUUGGUGCUUGUUUCAUUUCGUAAUUUUUUGGAGGAAAUACACUUAUUAUUAUUAAUAAUAUUAAGACCACUUCAAAAGAAAAACUAUUCGAAUAUACAUUUUAUUCUCAUUAUAUUGUGACUUCUUUUCCUUUAUAAACUAAAACUAAAUUCUGUUAAUUACGACAUUUUUUUCAUUAAAUCAUGAUUUUAUUUUCAUAAAAUUACAAUUUUUUUCUUUAUAUCUGUGUAAUGUUCCAACUUAUUUUGAUUAUGACUCUACUUUCAUAAUAUUACGAAUCUCUCGUUAAAUAGCGUCUAUAUUAACAUUAAAUCAUGUUAUUGUUCUUACUUCUUUAUUCUCGCAAUAUUACAACAUUAAUCUUGAAAUCUUUCUCUUAAACGUGGCCCUGAGACUCUGCUGUUCUCAGAUCUGACUGAUAAAUAUGAAGCUACAGCCUCCAGCUGAUAUUAACACAUGUUUAUCUAUUUUACUGAAGUUGAUAUUUGAUGCUAACGCAGUAUUUCUACUUGUGUGACUGACUCGUUUUGCGUUGUUCAGUGUAUUUUAGUGAGUUGAAUGUUGUGUGUCCACUGUGAGCAACACAAAGUAAAGACACAGUUAUUACUCAA